CCCUUCCUCCCUCCCGCCAUGUCGACUGCUCCCCUGCCGUCUGCCCUCAAGCGCGACGACGACGCUGCAGAGUCAGACGCGCGUCUGCUGGCGCUCGGGUACAAGCCCGAGUUCCGCCGCGAGAUGUCGCUCUUUGGCGUCCUGGGCAUAUCAUUCUGCGCGAUUGGAAUUUUGACGGGUAUGUCGAGCGCGUUCCAAACGGGGCUUUUCUCUGGUGGGCCACUAGGGCUGUUCUGGGGAUGGAACAUCGUGAGCAUCUUCAUGCUGCUCAUCGCGCUCUCGCUUGCCGAGAUCUGCAGCGCGUAUCCGACUAUGGGGGGCCUCUACUUCUGGGUGUGCCGCAUGAAACCUGACGUACCCUUUCUUGGCUUCGGAACGGGCUGGUUGUACACCAUCGCACUCGUGUUCACCGGGACGUCCGGUAACCUCAGCGUUGCGUUGUACCUCGCGUCGCUUGCGGAGGUUGGACAGGGCCGCAUCCUCACGCGGCUUGAGAUUGCCGCCAUCGCUUGGGGAGUCAACAUUGCGUCCGGGGUUAUCAACACUAUCGGUACAAAGGGAAUCGGCCGCAUGAGCAGUUUCAAUGUCUGGUGGACGCUCGGCGGGACAUUCGUGCUCGUAAUCACGCUUCUCGUUAAAGCGCCGGUGAAAAAUAGUGCGGAAUUCGUCUUUACGGACCUGGAAAAUUUCACCGGCUGGGAAAAUAAAGGCUUCGUCGUCCUUCUCGGCUUCCUCCAAGCCGUAUACACACUUGAGGGUUGCGAAACUGCCGCUCAGGUCGCCGAAGAAGCCGUUCGGGCUGAGUGGCUUGCGCCGCUCGCCGUCGUUGGAAGUAUAGUUGGCUCCUGGCUCAUUGGCCUCGCAUACAUGCUUGCGCUGCUUUUCGCAGUGCAAUCCAUCCCCGCAGUGCAGUCCACCGCGCUUGCGCUCCCUAUCGCGCAGCUCUACCACGACGCAGUCGGCAAACGGCUGACGUUGUUGUGCCUCGCGGUCAUCGGGAUCGCCCAGUUUAUGGCGGCGGUGACGGCGUUCACGGCCAGCUCGCGUUUGUUCUACGCGUUGGCAAGGGACAACGCGUUUCCGGCAAAAUCGCGCUUUAUGCGCCUGAACCGCUUCCAGGCGCCGUACUGGGGAGUGUGGCUCAGCGUGCUAGUCGGGUGCAUCAUCUCGUGCGCUUAUAUUGGAAGCGCAAUUGCGUUCAACGCCAUCUUGUCCUCCGCCGCGAUCGCUGUUAUGCUCGGGUACUUGCAGCCUAUCCUCAUCCGCGUCUUCUGGCCCUCUGCCCUCUCCACCCGCGGACCGUUCCACCUCGGCCGCUUCUCCUGGGGGAUCAACCUCCUCGCCGCGCUCUUCACCGUAUUCGUGUGCGUGUUGUUCGUGCUGCCGACUGCGCACCCGGUGAACAAGCUGAACAUGAACUACGCCGUCGUCGCAGUCGGCGGACUGAUGCUGCUUGUCGUGCUGAUGUGGUUCGGCUGGGGCCAUGGGCGGUUCACCGGCCCGGUUUUCACGGCUGGCAGCGAGGCGGUCGGGGACGAGAGGGCGGAGAAGGACGGGGAAGAAGCUAAGGCGAGUUUGGGUUGA